CAAAGGAUAUUUUAUGUAUCGAUGAAAUUACUAUGGGUAUAAUGGCACAGGGUUUGGUCAUACCUGGAUUCACAUCUCUAAUUGUGCUACUUACCACAUCCGUUACGGACCAAGUUGCAAGCGAAUUGAAAAACGAUGCAAAAUGUACUCAAGGAACCAAUGACUGGGUGAUUGAAUAUAUUAAUGGUACUCAACAUGAAAUAUAUGCUACCACUCUUUCACGUCAUUUUAUUGGAAAGACAUUCUUAGAGUGUUCAGAAAUAAUAUAUGCUAAAUUAGAAGCUACAUUAUUUGCUAUUGGAACAUCAAAAAGUCAAUUAGGCAUAUUAUUAAGUCAUUCUUCACCAUUUCAAAUAUUUUUAAAUCCUCAAGAUUAUGUAAUUAGAGGAGAUGAGAUCGGAUUUGUUAUAAGUGAUAGUGCUGAGAUAACUGUUCGACUGGCAAAAUUUAAUGAAACUUAUCAAAAACCAAACAGUCAACCUUAUAAUAUAGGGCCAUUUAUUAAAUUUCAACCAGCAGAAGAUGAAUUAUUAAGUGAUGACGGAUGUUAUUCUUCAAAGGAUGCAAUUAAUAUAUCAAUAAAUCGGUCUAAACCUUCACGAAGAGUCUCUUUAUCUAUUGAAGAAAGUAGUAUGUCACCAUUGGAGGAUAAAACACAU